AUGAGACACCAGCACAGCCUCACCAUGAGACACCAGCACAGCCUCACCAUGAGACACCAGCACAGCCUCACCAUGAGAUACCAGCACAGCCGCACCAUGAGACACCAGCACGGAUUCACCAUGAGACACCAGCACAGCCUCACCAUGAGACACCAGCACAGCCUCACCAUGAGACACCAGCACAGCGUCACCAUGAGACACCAGCAGAGCCUCACCAUGAGACACCAGCACAGCCUUACCAUGAGACACCAGCACAGCCGCACCAUGAGACACCAGCAGAGCCUCACCAUGAGACACCACUCAGCGUCACCAUGA